AUGUCCAGUGUAUUUAAAACGUGUGAACUGUGUGGUGGUCAAAUUCCUGAUCAGUCAGAAUUAUCUUUUGAAGAGAUGAUCACAAACUGGUUAGAUGAGAAUCCUGAAUUUACUUUCAAGUAUUUUGUUAAAUCGGCAUCUUCAAGCAUGGUUGAAGCAUGGGCUAACGGACGUAAUCAUACCGAAUCCGAUUGUCUAUUUGAUAAUUCAAUGGCUGUUAUGGAUGAGCGUAAUAAUAAGAAUGAUCAAAUUUCUGUUAAAAACUCUUUGUCAUUACCCGUACGAAAGAUCAGCAGCCAGGAUUUGGAACUAACUCAUGAUAAGCGUAUUUUAUCCUCUAAUGAAGAUGGGAAACCUACAUUUAUAACCUCAGGGUGCUUUCCAUUCUUCAACAAUGAAUGCAGUGAUCCAAAUAUUAGUUUAUCACGGCAGUCUACCACUACUGCAAGUCGUCUAACACAACCGACUGAGAGGGACCUAAUAAGUGAACUUACUUUGGAUAUUUGUCAUGAGCUUGAUGUGACAUCUUUAUGCUUCAAAAUAGUGCAAAAUGUUUGUAGGUUAAUCAAUGCUGAUCGUGGGUCCUUUUUUCUCGUCGAAAAAUCACGUUCAACCGGUGAAGAUGUUCUUGUUAGCAAACUUUUUGAUAUUACCCCUGAUUGUGUAUUUGAUGAUGUUUUACAACGAUGUUCUUCUAAUCAUAUCAUUGUUCCCUUUAAUGUUGGUGUAACAGGCUAUGUGGCACGAACUGGAGAUUACGCAAAUAUUCCGGAUGCGUAUGCUGAUCCCCGAUUCAAUGAUUCUGUAGAUCGUGUAACGGGAUAUAAAACACGUUGUCUUAUAUGCAUGCCCAUAAAAAAUGUUGACGGAAAGGUGUUGGGUGUUGCGUUAGUUAUCAAUAAAAAAAUUCCUUCCUGUCAACAACAUGAUCAAAGUGCUAACUCAAUUCAACCUAGCAGCUGUGAGUGUGAAUCAAGCAGUAAACAUUCUUCAUUCACUGAGGAAGAUGUAAAAGUAUUUCAAUCGUACGUUGCAUUCUGCGGUAUUGGAUUACAUAAUGCACAAAUUUAUGAGCAAAGUCGUUUAGAAACCUAUCGCAACCAAGUACUUUUAGAACUUGCACGAAUUAUAUUCUCUGAACAACUCGAUAUAACUCGUCUGAUUUAUUCAGUAUUAUCGCAUACAAUUUGUUUAUUACAAUGUCAACGUUGUCAAUUACUCUUGGUGAAAACAGCUUCAUCAUCUAUGUCAUCUUAUUCGUCCAUUGAUGAAAUGGGACCAUUUCAUGAUUAUUUCUCGCAAAUCUUUGAAUUAGCAUGGAACGAGAAAUCGGAUUCACCUGAUGUCAAGAAAAAGAAGCAUAGUAUUGACGAAGCUCGAUUUCCUGUUCAAUUGGAUUUGGCCAUUCAUGUAUUACAAACUGGUGAAUCUCUUCAUGUCAAUGCCAAUGGUAUCACUACUACUGCUACUAAUAGUAAUAAUAAUAAUAGUAACAACAACAAUAAUGAACCUAAGACAAUUGACGAAACUCUUGAAGAAGAUUUAGAUCCAGUUUGGAAAAGUCGUUCUAUUCUCUGUAUGCCAAUUAAACAUUCUGAUGGUAAAGUAUUAGCUGUAUGCAUAAUAACAAACAAAUCAACUGUUGAUUGGCGAAUAAAUAAUAAUAAUAAUAAUAAUAAUAAUUUCAGUCAACAAUUUACGCCUCAAUUCGAUUGUAAACCACUGGCAGAUAAUGUUGUUCCAUGUUCAUCAUCCAAAGACUCCUCCGUUACAGUGUCUUCAUCCAUUACUAAUUGGUCUGGAAUAUUUACUUAUUCGGAUGAAUUUUUAUUUGAAGCAUUUGCUUUAUUCAUUGGUUUGGGUAUUUCAAAUAGUCAAUUAUAUGAAAAAGCUAUACGAAGUGCAGCAAAACAAAAAGUUAUCAUGGAUGUUUUGUCCUAUCAUGCUACAGCGCCGACAUCGGAAGCGAAACGUUUAGCCACAUCAUUAAUACCAACAAUGCGAUUUUAUGAUUUAGAUAAAUUUUCAUUUACUGAUGUACGAUUAUCAGAUGAAGAUACAUUGAAAGCGUGUAUACGAAUGUUUCGUGAAAUGAAUUUCAUGAAAUCAAUACAUUUCGAUCAAUUGUCCUUUGCUCGUUGGCUGUUAUCAGUACGUAAAAAUUAUCGUGAAGUCACUUAUCACAAUUGGCGUCAUGCAUUCAAUGUAACUCAAACAAUGUUUUGUAUAUUACUAAAAGGUGAUUUCCAGUCAGUAUUCACAGAUUUGGAAUGUUUAGCCCUGUUAACUGCUUGUCUCUCGCAUGAUAUUGAUCAUCGUGGUACAGAUAAUCAGUUUCAAAUUAAAACAAUGUCUCCAUUAGCUAAAUUAUAUUCUACAUCAGUGCUUGAACAUCAUCAUUUCAAUCAGUUCAUGAUGAUAUUAACUAUAAAGGGUAAUAACUUUUUAUACAAUCUACCCAGACCAGAAUAUGAUACUGUUGUGAAAUUAAUUCGAGAGGCUAUACUAGCCACAGAUCUAUCAAGAUAUUUUGCUAGACUACCGAAAUUUCAACAAACUUUGCAUAAUUUAAAAGAAACUCAUGAUCCAUCUACAAAUUUAUGGAAAAAUGAUCGUGAACAACGUCUACUACUUGGUUGUAUGUUUAUGACAGCUUGUGAUGUGUCAGCCAUAACUAAACCAUGGCCAGUACAAAAAUUGACAGCUGAAAUGGUUGCCAAUGAAUUUUUUGAACAAGGUGAUUUAGAAAAAGAACGAUUGAAUGUGACACCAGCUGCAUUGAUGGAUCGUGAACGGAGUAAUGAACUUCCAAAAUUACAAGUCAGCUUUAUUGACACUAUUUGUAUGCCUAUUUAUGAGGCUAUUGUACAAGUUUCGGAAAAUUUCGAACCAUUACUCAAAGGCUGUAAACGUAAUCGUACAUGUUGGCUUAUUCUCUCUGAAAAUGGUGAAGUUGAUCAUUCACUCUAUGGAUUAAAUGAUGAAUCAGACACACCAACACCAACACCAACGACCACGACGAUAGCGACAACGACCACAACAACAACCGAUACAAGAACAACAACAGCAACGACGACACCGGCUACCGGAUCAACACUAUCAGAAAAUGUAACCACACCCACACCUGGUCCUAUUACAUCACUAGGUACAUUGAAUCCAGACUCGGCGGAACGUAUUGCAAAGAGUAAACCAUUUACAUCGCCUAAUAUUCGUAGAGCUUCCGUAUCGUCGAUGACUACAGUCGGUGGCCAGGAACCACCGAUUAAAUUACAAUCGUCUUUUGAAUCAAAAUAGUAUAUACAUUUAUAAGACAGUUGAUUUGCAUUUUGUUUUAUCUGUUCAUGUAAAUCCACUAACUCUCUAGUAUUAUUGUCUUUCAGGUGUCAGUGUGUGUGUGUGUGUGCACGCGUGUGUGUAAAGGUAUAUUCUUAUACACAUGCCCAUGUUUGCCUAGUUGUAUUGUCCGUCACACCUGUCUCUUUUUGUGUUGUGGUUGAUAAAUAGACAACAGAAUAUAAGAUAAUCUAGUUAGUUAUCAGUGUAUGAUUGAUUGAUUGAUUGACUGACUGUACACCUACUACACCUACCAGUAGUAUAGAUAAAUUUUAAUAUGUAAUUUUUUUCGCUUAUUUGCAGUACAUACAACAUAUUUGUAGACAGGUGGGAUUUGGAUGGUGAGGAGGAAAGAGCGCGUGCACGUGCACGUGCGUGCGCGUGUGUGUGUGUACAGUCAAUGUAAUCAUAAUUAAUGAUUAUUUUUCACUUUUCCAAUUAGUUUUGUCGAUUUUUUUUUUGUUUCUUCAAUUUUUCUCUUGAUUUUUUAUGGAUACUCUCUGUGACGUAAUCAAAAACACUCUAUUGAUUUCAUGCGUACAUUCACGUGUUUUGUUGUUGUUAGACAGCCUAUGCUCGCUUUACUUUAUUAUAAUUUAUUCUGUAUAUCUGUUUUUUUUUUGCCAUGACCACUUCACAAAUCACAUUGUAUGUUUGUCUGUCUGUCUAUAUGUGGGUGUGUGUGCGUACGUACAAAUUGUUGAAACAGCAUUUUUUUUUCCAAUCAAUCAUUCAUUCAUUUUCUUGUUUCAGUAGUAUAAAGUUGAACAAAAUAUGACUAUUUGUUUGAAAAUACCAUUUCUCUGUGCAUCAUGACCUUGGCACCAUGUUUAAAUUCUGAUGAUGAUGAUGAUGAUGAUGAUGAUAAAGUAUUAUUGUCCGUCCUCCUGGACAAUCAACACUUUAUUCUUGACAUGACUAGUAAUUAAUCUAAUGUAAAUGCAUCAGUAUUAUUUGAGUUUUAUGCCAAUUUAGUAAAAAUUUUGUUUUCUAUGAAAUUGAAUUAUGUAAAAUUAAUGUAGUUGUUUAUUUGUGUGGGACACUUUUGUCUGUUGUUGUUCUAGUUGUUCUAGUUGUUGUUGUUGUUCAAGUUGUCGUUGUCACUGUUGUCGUCGCCGUUGUUCCCGUCAUUGGUGUUUUCCCUACUUCUCCUCCUUCUUUUAUUAUUCUCUGUAGUAUGUUCUAUUCAUGCUCAUUCCUUAUUAGUAUCAUUGAUUUGGAUCUGUUCAAUUCUCAAUAUGAAUUGUUUUUCUUUUCCUUUUCUUAUACUUUCAAUGUAAUUACUUCUUUCUGUUUGGCAGAUCAUUUCGUUGUUUUUUUUUAUCUUUGUUUGUUUGUUUGUUUGUUUGCUACGGGCUGUGAUAAUUUUCCCCAAUUACCCUGAUUGGUAUAUAUUAUGUUAUAUUUAUGAAGUAAUUUGUUAAGUAGUAAUCUCAAUACUCUUAUAUCAUUUACAAUGUAAUCCAAUCCAUUCAAAGUGUGCACCGUUUCUAAUGAGUUACAAAAAAAGAAAAACAAUACAAGAUUGGGAAUUAUGAUUUGAAUGUUGUGUUUUUUUUUUAAAUUUAUUUAUUUACCAAAUUAGAGAGACAGAGAGAGAGAUACACACACGCACAUGGUCGGUCGUUCAUCAAUGAAACUAGCCAUUGAAGUGUAUGUUGUGCAAUGAAUGAGUUAUUUAUUAUACUGUGACAUGCAUAGAUUUGUCUCAUGUUUAAA